AGAAGGCUCAACUCUACAACGAACUGCCGGGGCUGUGCGCGUGUAUGCCACUGCUGGGGUGCUUCAACGCCAUUUCAGAUAUCUACACGAGACAAAAGCUCUUCACCUUGGGCUAUGUAGAAACUUGUUGAAGCAACUCAAGUAGUGGCAGACAGGUGUACACGAGACAGGUGCUGAACAAGUGUGCCACUUUUUCAUGCCCAGCGUGAUUGCAUCAAGGGGCCCCAGCAAGGUGGAGUCGUGUAGCUUCCAAUAGCUAGUUACUCAGCCGCAAGGCAACAGUACUGGAGGCCUUCCACGGCGUCGCAUAGCCCCAGUAAAUCAAAAACAGAGUCACUCUCCGUUCGCGAAUCGCACACAUACAUAAAGCCUGCAUCUUCACGAGCCCCGGCAUGCUUAAGUCCGUUGUCAAAAAAGCCGUCACUAUGUCUGCUACCAAGAAACCCUUCACUUUGCCCAAGGGCUUCCUCAAGGGCCCAGCUCCCGCCAUCAAGGUCUCCAAAAUCGAUUUUGCCAACUCGACCAUUCCCGAAUACAACGACCUAUGGGCAGUAGUCCUGGACGAUGUCAUGACUCCGGAAGAAUGCAAAGCGCUGGUGAACGCUGCCGAGGCGACGACUGACGGGAAGUGGGAGCGCGCCAUGAUCAAUGUCGGCAAUGGCAAACAGGCGCUGUAUGAAGAUACUAGGAACUGCGGGCGCAUCAUCUGGGACGACAAGGAGAUUGUAGCAAAGCUUUGGGCUCGCGUUGAGUCUACUGUUCCAGAGCUACAGUAUCUGGAGAACUGGCCCAAGGUCACUGGUAUUGGCCCGACGAAGCGCAAGGAGACUUGGAGGAUGACCAGGUUGAACGAGCGGAUGAGGUUUCUCAAGUACUCAAGCGGUGAAUACUUCCGACCGCACUGCGACGGAACAUACGAAACACCAGACUUCAAAGAGAGGUCCUACUUCACACUCCACCUAUAUCUCAACGACGCAUCAUCGGACCCCAAGGGCCAGUCGCUGCAGGGCGGUUCCACUACUUUCCAUGCCUACGACAUGAAGAGGCGGAUUGACGUGGAGCCAAAGAUUGGACGAGUCCUCCUCUUCCAGCAUAAAUUCCUAUUGCACUCUGGCGACGACGUAACACAGGGGACCAAAUUAACCAUGCGGACCGAUGUCAUGUUU